AUGACUGGAACACGUAAGUAUAUAAGUUUAUGGCUUUUCAGAGGUGGGGGUUAGAAAUCUGCAUGGCUCUGAUCACCUGGGACAUGCAUGACCCAAGGUGUUGAAGAAUCUGGCAGCUGAACUAGGAUCCAAAGAAACAGAAUUUAUUAGCAAAGUUUCUCUCGUCUGCACAGCUGAUUAUGCAAAACAUAAAAGCAUCCAGUUCUAAGCAGCUGAGUGGUUGUUGUUGUUUUAAAAAAACAUUCUGCAAGCUGGACAGACCAGAAAUAGAUUUCUUUUUAUCUAUAAUCAGAGCAGAUAGGACAGCGUUAGGAAAACUACAGGGGAAAUGAAGGUUGAGUGCAAACAGCAUCACUUGAUUAUUGUCUCGGUUAAAUGUUAGAUGUGUAUAUUUUAAAAAAUAAACACAUCAAAUAUAUGCAAAGGAAAGACAUGCCUUAUUUACAAUAUUUAUAUUCCAUCCCCAUGGAACUGACACAGUUAGAGGUUCCACAAAAUAUUUGUUCUGCAGUUUUAAAAAACCAGUCUUUCAGUUUGGCAGCUCCCACACUUUGAAGCUCCCUGCCUAUCAACAUCAGGUAAGUGCCUUUGAAGGGCUCUUUUUGAUACCUGUUAAAAACAAUUUUCUCAUUUUCCUACUCAUAUUGAAAUACAGUCCCUCAAUUAGGCCAAACUUAGAUUCACAAAAUGGUUAGGGGUAUGCGUACCCGUGCGUACCCCCAGAAAAAUCACUGCAUAAAUAUAUUAAAAAUACCUGUUUUCAGCAUCGUCUUUUAUUGACAAUUUUAUUGAUUAUUAUUAGUUUAAGGUUGUAUUUUAGGGCUGCCAUAUGUCCAGGAAUCACUCAGAAAAAUGGCGUUCGGGCAGAAAACCUGGAUGUAUGGCAAGUUGGGCUAUUUUUAUAAAAAAAUUCUUCAAAAAUCUAAGAAAAGCACCAACAUUUGAUUCCCCCCCCCCCCCAGAAAAGCUCAGCAACUCUUCACUUUGGGGAAUAUGACAGCCCUAUAUAUUUACAACCAAGUGGUAUAUAAAUGUUCUUAAAUAAAUCAAAGAUUUCCCCCCAAAAGCCCAGAUCUGUUUACAGAGGGUUCUCAGGGUGGUUUCCUUUUAGAUACCAGCCAAGCCUAGGCUUGUUUAGCUUCAGAUCACACCACUGUCUCCUGGACAGAAAUAGUCUGGCCAGUUAUUCAUGCUCUAGUAGUGUCCCAUUUAGAUAACAUUAAUGCAUUUUGCAUUAGGCUGCCUCUGAAAACUGUUUAGGAAAUUCAGUUGGCACAAAACACAGCAGCUAGCCUAGAGUACUGACUACGACUGGGUAUUUGGAACACAUCUUGCCAGUUUUAUUUUUUUUUUUUUUAAUGUAAUAUUUAUUGGUUUUACAAAAAUUCCAAAACAUACAAAAAUACAGGAUUUCAAAAACAAAAAACAACAAUAACAGUGACAAAAGGAAAACAAAAAAUAACAGUAACCAUAAAAAGGAAAAAGAAAAGAGAAAAAGAAAAAGAAACAGAAAAAUUUAAAAGUUUAUACUUUCAUUUAACCUUCUUAUCUUUCCUUGGUUCUUUGACUUCCCCGCACCUCCCCACUUGUAUUUCCUUUUAAAAACUCCUUUCAGCAAAUCCUUACCCUCCUUCCUUUAUCUUAACUCAAGAAACUUAAUCUAUUUAUAUAUAGAUAUUUUUACAACCUUAUCAAUCAAAUAUUCCAUGCUCUUAAACGCGAGGUUUUUGCCAAUACCAAUUAUUUUCAAUCAGACCUCAAUUUAACAUUCAUUAAUUUUAUAGUAUUUCUGUAAAUAGUCUUUAAAUUUCUUCCAAUCUUCUUCCACCGACUCUUCUCCCUGGUCACGGAUUCUGCCAGUCAUUUCCGCCAAUUCCAUAUAAUCGAUUACCUUCAUCUGCCAUUCUUCCAGAGUGGGUAAGUCUUGUGUCUUCCAAUACUUUGCGAUAAGUAUCCUUGCUGCUGCUGUUGCAUACAUAAAGAAAGUUCUAUCUUUCUUUGACACCAAUUGGCCAACAAUGCCCAGGAGAAAGGCCUCUGGUUUCUUUAAGAAGGUAUACUUAAAUACCUUUUUCAACUCAUUAUAUAUCCUUUCCCAGAAGGCCUUAAUCUUUGGGCACGUCCACCAAAGGUGAAAGAAUGUACCUUCAGUUUCAUUACAUUUCCAACAUUUAUUAUCGGGCAAAUGGUAGAUUUUUGCAAGCUUGACUGGGGUCAUGUACCACCUGUACACCAUUUUCAUUAUAUUCUCUUUUAAAGCAUUACAUGCUGUAAACUUCGUACCUGUGGUCCAUAACCGUUCCCAGUCAGCAAACAUAAUGUUAUGUCCAACAUCCUGUGCCCAUUUAAUCAUAGCAGAUUUUACCGUUUCAUCCUGAGUAUUCCAUUUUAGCAGCAAGUUAUACAUUCUUGAAAGUGUUUUAGUUUUGGGAUCUAACAGUUCUGUUUCCAACUUUGAUUUUUCCACCUGGAAGCCAAUUUUUCUAUCCAAAUUAUAGACCUCUCUUAUUUGAUAAUAAUGCAACCAGUCUCGCACUCUAUCUUUUAGUUUUUCAAAACUCUGCAAUUUGAAUUUAUCUCCUUCUUGUUCCAAGAUCUCCCAAUAUUUUGGCCACUUGGCCUCCAUAUUGGACUUUUUCAGGGCCUUUGCCUCCAUUGGUGAUAGCCACCUUGGGGUUUUAUUCUCCAAUAAGUCUUUAUAUCUUAUCCAGACAUUGAACAAUGCUUUCCUGACAAUAUGGUUUUUAAAUAUUUUGUGAGCUUUAACCUUGUCAUACCACAAAUAUGCAUGCCACCCAAACACAUUAUUGAAACCUUCUAAGUCCAAAACAUCAGUAUUUUCCAGAAGUAACCAAUCCUUCAACCAGCAGAAAGCUGCUGAUUCAUAAUAAAGUUUAAAGUCUGGCAGGGCAAAUCCCCUCUUUCUUUAGCAUCAGUCAAUAUUUUAAGUUUUAUCCUGGGCCUCUUGCCCUGCCAGACAAACUUAGAGAUAUCUCUCUGCCACUUCUUAAAACAAUCCAUUUUGUCUAUUAUUUGUAUCGAUUGAAACAAAAACAACAUUCUUGGCAAUACAUUCAUCUUGAUGACAGCAAUUCGACCUAGCAAGGAAAGCUUCAAAUUUGUCCAUAUUUCUAAAUCCUUUUUAAUGUCCGACCAACACUUUUCAUAAUUGUCUUUAAAUAAAUUCCCAUUUUUAGCUGUCAUAUGAAUCCCCAAGUAUUUCACUUUUUUUACCACUGUUAAACCUGUCUCAUUCUGAACACAUCUUGCCAGUUUUAAAGCAAUUGUACUGGUUCCCAAUCUAUUUCCAAGCACAGAUCAAAAUGCUAAUUGUGACCUUUGAAGCCCUAUGUAACUUAGUGACGGUGUGCACAUCCUGGACUGCUUACUCCCAGAUGACUGUCUGGAACCUGAGGUCAUUUUCACAGGAAGCUUUUUGGAACUGCUUACCUUCAGAGGUAAGCUGACGGAUGGAGACCCAAGAGAUACCGCAUUUCACUGGCAGCACCUGUCUCUGGAAGUUUUGUGUGGUGCCAAACCUGGUGCCCUUUUGGUGCCAGGUUAACAGCUUUUUAUUUGGUCAGGGCUUUUAUAUGUCAUUCUAUAAUCUCUGUUUAGCUCUGGAUUUAUCUUGUUUUAACAUCAGUUUUGUUGUUCUGAUGUUUUUUAUUUUGUUACAGUAUUUCUAUUUUUAUCUGAAAUGUUUUAAUUAUUGUUUUCACCGUUAGUCGCUCUAGGGAUCCUAAGGGGUUGCUAAACGGGCUAAAAACGUUCCAGACAAACCAAUGAACAAGACCUUAGGAAUUUUCUGGGGUCAACAAAAAUACAUGUAGGCAUUGUUGAAUUAUUAAUUUGGGGCCAUGUAUGUCCCUUUAUUUCUGAAAAGUAGCAUUUAUAUGUACCUAAUCAUUUUGCACAAACUAGAUUUAGCUCUGUAGUAGAUUUGAACCCAAUUCACAAAGAAGCCGUGGUUAGGUUUAUUUGGCUCUUUAUUUAUUUAGUACUUAUUCUGACUCAGAAAAGCAUGUUAUUUGGACAGAUCCCUGUGGCAUACGCCAAUGCCCACCAUGAAAUAACACCAGCAUUUAAUAUUACAGAAAUAUGCCACCUUAUUAAUGACACCUGGGAAGGAUUUGAGCUCCCCAUGACUGGCAUUUGUUUCUCAUUGACUAUGCAUCAAAUGUAGAAGUGAAGAAGGAGAGGGGGCAGCUGUUCAGCCAUACAAAAGAAGGAAUGGGCUGAUUCUCUUUGGUAGAGGAUUCACCCACUGGGUCUAAAACAGCAUCUCCCCCACCUUCAAUGGAGAACAUUUGCAUUCAGGUCUCAGCUCCAGUCCCUUGUGAGUGUGAACUUCCUGGCAUCAGGACCAGCCUUCCUUUGUGUAUGUGGUGCCUAGCAAUCUCCCCUAAUUGAAGCUUCUGUGAGAAAUUGCAAUAACAGAUGCAAACAAAACACACUGCUGAGGGCAAGCAAUUGUGAGGGUGUACUGCCAAACGGAAGCCUCAGAGAUCAGCUCCACACAGGAUAUGGCUUGUCUUUGAGAACAAAGUAACAGAGAUGCAUCAGGGGGUGCCAGAUUGCAACCUAGAGAACCUGUCUGUUGGCUUAAAGUUUCCCAUGCAGUGAGAGGAGAGAACGUCUCUCUGAAGGGCCACAGCCCAGUUUGAUAUUUUGCAUGCAGGUGGUUCCAAGUUCACUGCUAUCUAAGGUUUGAAAAAAUCAUUAUGAUGGGAAGACUUCUGACUGGAACCCUGGGGAACUGCCAUAUCAGAGGAGACAAUACGAGAUGGCAGGGGCGUAGCAAGGAGGGUGCGGUAGGUGUGGCCUGCCCCGGGUGUCCCCACUGCUGGGGGUGAUAAAAUGGCGGGCAGCACUCACCGCGGGGCCUGCAGCAUGCCCAAGGCACGCGUCUCUCCUGGGAGUGAUGCGGUGGCUUGAGCGCCCGCACCCUCUGCGCUGCCCCAAACAGUCUGCCUGUUGCCUCCCCCUCAGCUGUAGGGUGGCUGAGUGGGAGGAGGCAGGCAGACUCCUUAGAGCAGCCUUUCUCAACAUUUGGGUCCCCAUAUGUUGUUUAACUACAACUCCCAUCACCCCUAGCUAGCAAGGCCAGAGCUCAGGGAUGCUGGGAGUUGUAGUCCAACAACAUCUGGGGACCCAUAGGUUGAGAAUCGCAGCCUUAGAGGCCCCGCGGUGCCCCUGCGGGUGGCUGGCCCUGCACCCCCAGGCGCCCAAUCGGCUUGCUCCGCUACUGCUAGAUGGACCAGUAUUGUAUAAGGUAACAUCAUCUAUUAAUUCAUCAUCUAUUAAUACACACACAGCCCUGUCGUCUGCCUUCUAUCUGCUUUCAUAUGCAACAUUAUGUAACAGGAGUCAUGGGGAGACAGAUGACAGGACUUUUAGUGCCCAUAGCAGACAAAUUUAAAGCACUACAUAACCUUAAGCUCCAAAGAUGGCCUGAGUUGCCCACCCAAUGGACAUUGCUCCAUAGUGAGCCAACAACAUCCCUGUUCAGGUGAUUUUCCUGAGCAUGACUGUCCAACUCAUCUAAGGGAUAAGCCUCACUCCAAACAUCCCCUUGGGCUUUUUAGUUUAGAUAAAAGGCAAGUAAGUGGUGACAUGGCAGAAAUGUAUACAAUUAGGCACUGCAAGGAGAAAGUGGAUAGAUAAAAAGGUCUUCUCCCUCUCGCAUAAUACUGGAACUCGUGGACAUCCAAUGAAGCUGAGCGUUGGAAGAUUCAGAACAGAUGUUUAAAAAUGCUUCUUCCCACAGAACAUAGUUAAACUGUGGACCAGGAGGCAGCAAUGGCCAUGAACUUGGAUGGCUUUAAAUGGGGAUAAAACUAUCAGUGGCUACUAGCUAUGAUGGCUAGACCCUGCCUCUGUGGCCAGAGGCAGUAUCUGUCUGGAUGCAAUUGCUGGAAAUCCCAGGAGGGGAGUGUUGGUUCAAGAAAAAACACAGGCAUAUCAUAGAAUUGAAGAGUUGGAAGGUACCUUAAAGGUCAUCUAGUCCAACUCCCUGCAAUUCAGGAACUUUUACUCAUAUUAGAUCCACUAAACUUAAGAAACCUAAGUUAUUAAUAGCCAUUAAUCUCCUUGAAUAAAAGUUAGUUGAAUACAAGCCCAUCACAGCUAUGUAGGAUCCCAGACAUGACUAUUGCAUAGAUGAAGAGCAGACUGGGCUCCUACACCUUUAAUAAUUGUGUAGAAAGAGGGAACCUCAGCCGGUGUAGUUUGUCAUGCAAGGUUGAUAGCAAGCAUGACAGGCAGUUCUGGCUAGGGUGGUCAGAUGCAACAGAGCUCCUGCACCUUUAAUUGUUGCAAAGAAGCGGGAAUUGCAGAAGCUGUAGCUUUCUAUGCAAACCACACCUGCUGACAUUCCCUCUUCUAUGCAACAAUUAAAGGUGCAAGACCCCUGUGUGCUGUUGCAUCUGGCCAUGCUAGUCUUGGCUGCCCCACUGAGAUCAAUGAAAGUUAGAGCCUAGCUUGUAUUGGCUCAGCUUCACAUCUGCAGUAGCUCAGGCCUCUGUCACACCAGUCUUUGAUUAACAUAUCUGUCUGGUGACCAGAGUACUUAUACAGAUGCAGCAUAUCUCAAUUCUGCAAGUCAAGUUGGCCUGCCAAAAACCCUGUACAGUUAUUAAAGGUGCAAGCACCUCCAUUCUUCUUUGUACUUGGUAACGUGUUAGUCCAUAAGGGGGGAAAGCCAGCCCCAACUACAGUAAGGCAAGAUCUUUAUUGGGAAGAACCAAAGUUUCACAGAAAUGUGGCAAGCUUUUGAAUUCUCCAGAACUCUUCGUCAGGCAAGAUGUUACACAAAGUGGGGCGAUGACGACAAAGAGUACAAAAACCAGGCUGAUGUAAUAACAGCCAUGAGAUCAACUGUUCAAGCUGCCUGCAAAGAAGGUGGGACUGUCUGGUGUGACAGGCAAUGAAAGCUCCUGGGUGUUUCAUGAAACUGGACUUCUGAAAGCCAUGACUAAGAGCCUGCUCUAUGAAACAGGAAGCCCCUGGACUCAGAACUAAAUCCCAGAGAGGGUGCAAAAUACAUCUUUUCAGGCAGCUAGUAUUUGAUUUAUUUAGAUUAUCACUUGCCUGGGGUGUUUAAUGUUACCGUUUCUGCAGGAUAGCUUUUUGGGUGCGAGUGUAUUGCUCCGUCUGCUUUUGUGUGCUGCCUUUGAGUGUGUGAAAAGGUGGCUGGCAGUAUAAACAACAAAGGAACAUGCUGUAGGACGGAGGAUCCUAUGGUGACCAGCUACAAAGCAGAACAGGGUGGCCUUGAGCCAGUCUCGUAGCUGAACCCACCUCAUAGGGUUGUUGCGAGGAUAAAACAGGGAGGAGGAGAACUGUGUGCACCACCUCGAGUUCCUCGGAGGGAAGGUGGGAUACAAAUUUAAAAAUAAAUGAAAACAGAGUUCUCCCUACCCCUCUUAAGAGCCAUGUAUUAGCUAGUGCAUCUUGCUAUCCAUGCACGACAAGACUCUUCGUAUUAACGCUCUCUCUCCUGUACAAAAAGGACAGAUAUUUCCUUCGGGAGUAACAGGGUCAGGGCACCGCUGGAUCUGGAUGGAAAAUUAGUAUUGCAGCCUUAGCUGGUUCAUAUCCGGGUGCCCCCUCCAAAAAACCAAGAAAAAAGUCUUGCACCCUUCAGUACCACGGUGGAGACAUUUUCACAUGGACCCCCAGACAUGGCGGUUCCUCGUCGGUGCCUGCGUGGUGAACCAGCGUCCAUUGCGGAUAACCCAGUUUCCUUUCCCCCUCCGUGUCUCUUUAAAGCGCGGAGCAGAAGUUCCCCCUCCGAAUCCCCUCCCACCUGCCUCCCUCGCUGCUCUCCCAUCAUCGCCCUGACGUCAGGAGGAGGGAGGCGUGUGGGUGCCACGGCCUCCCCCGUGUUUAAAAUCCGCCAGAAGGCUGCUCGUGAAGAGGGAGGAGGAGGAGGAGAGCGAGCAGGGAGCGGAGCGAGCAGAAGCCGGGCAGCAGAAGGAGCGCCGCUAGCCGCAAGGUAACUUCCUCCGCGGGCGCGCAGGGAUGCUUUGUGAACUGGCGCCGGAGCGGGAGGAAGGGGACAGAUGGGAGAGGCCACGCCGAGGUGGCGCGAGGAGGGGAUGGAGCGGGCUGCCGAAUGGUCUCGCGUGGGGUGCUUCGCUUAACUCUUUUGUGUCGGGUCUCCCGGGUGGGGAGAGAAGGUCCUCUGGCGCUGGCAGCGGAGAGGCGUGUCCCGUCUGUGCGCGCCGGGCGAUUUCAGCUGGGGGCGAAUGGCUGUGGGGAAGGGUGUUUGCCGUGCAGGUGGUGAUGGCGAAUAGCUGCCUGCCUGUAUGGUAGCUUUUCUUUGCAACCGACGGCUGGGGUCGCCUUUCUCGUCUCCUAUUCCAAGGGGUGAGGGAUCUGGCCAGGAAGAGGAGUGUGUGUGUGUGUGUGUGUGUGUGUGUGUUUAAAUCUGCUUUGGCACCUAACAAGUUAUAAUGGACACGGCAGCAAGUCAAAGAAAGGACUCAUGUGAAAGCAAUAAUUGAAGCUCAGUGAUAGUCCUAUAACCCCACCCACCCCACCUAAAGUAGUAUUUGGUUUGCAUGGCUUUUGAUGAGGCUAUCAGAAGGUGCUAUGGUGGUUUGGAGUCCCCACCCCUUUUUUGGUCCUGCCUUUCUCGCUGGCUGCCUUUCUUCUUUUCUCUGUCUCCCAUCCCCACCCAAAUACCUUGUUUCCCAGUUCCAAGGAUGCUUCUGUAUUCAGAUCAUAAAGAUGGCACUUGAAUCUCAUUGGAUAAUCGGCCUCUUGUAUAUGUGACUGCUUAACCAGAGCUCCACCAGAGGGAUGAGACGGACUGUUUUUAGAUAAGGGGAUUGAGGCCUUGAAGAACCCAGGGUUUUUUUGUUAGUUAUUUAAAAUUUCUUUCUUGUUGUAGUUCUUUUUCACCAAAGAGGUGUCUGUCUGGAAAUGAAUGAGUCGAUUAAUGUUCUCAAUUGCAUGACACUAUCAUCACCAGUCUUGGAAGGAAAUAGGCUUUUAUGAGCAUUGGCUAGAUAGCCUUUGUAUGUUUUUUUAAAAAACCCUGCUAGAUACAAGUCUAUGGAGAACAGUAUAAGAGAGAGAAUAAAUGUAACCUGUAACCUGGAAAUCUGUAACCUGGAGGAAAGGAUUCAGACCCUCUUUAUGCAUGUGGUUUAUUUAAGCAUUUCUGUCUGCUUGUUGUCUGUUAAGAAUAACCAAUAUGUUAUAGCAAACCUCUUGGGCGGUGUGCUUUUAAGAUGAGCAUCUGUUUAAUUCUAUAACUAUGGGCCUAAUAAACUAGUUGUGGUACAAAAUCACGUUUACUAGUUCAUGUGUAUGGUCCCAGUGCAUGUACAAACUGCAUGUGUGGUCAGGGGCUCUUCUUUGUUUCUAGGAUGGGGCAUACACAACCUUUUGGAUGUUGGAGUGCAAGUCCUAUCAUCCCUGGCUGUGGUGGAUGGGAGUUAAGAGUCCAGCAAUAUCUCGAGGCCACAGGUUCACCUUCCCUCUUUGGGGGUUUCUGGUUCCAUGUACAAUCUGUAUAUCCAUAGGGAUUGUAUGGUCUAGCACAUGAAAAUUGGGAGUGGGCAUUGACGCCACAAUCCGGUGGCUCCUUUUGUGCCCAUUUGCUGUCUGCACAGUCAUCGUGUGAAAAGCCUUCUGGCCUGGUGAGUCCAUGGCAAAAGCAAGAACAUGGGAACUUCCUGUUCUGGAGCUCAGCAUGUGCAUACAUUGACCGCUUACUCCAGCUCGCUCCCACUGCUGUUGUUUGAAGCAGAGUACACAUGUAAUUAGUCACAAUCCAUAGGUAUCCUGUAGCUUCUUGAGAAAUACUCCUGUUUGACGUGCUUUCUCUCAAACCAGCUUCCAGUCAAUUAGAAAAUGGAAGUUGUGCUUUUAGACUGAGGAGUUGUACAUUUCAGGCAGCUGUUGGGCAUGUGACAGCAUCCAGGAAUUGGACUUAGGUGCAGGGAAGACAAAUCAGGUGAUGCACAUUGGGUGAAGAAGGCAUCCUCACCUUUUUCUCAGGAGUGAAAGGCAACAUUAAAAAAUGACUUGAAAAGUAGAGGGGAGACAUGACCUUGAUGAGUUUCAAGCUGCUAAUGUGGACAUGGGCAGGGAGGGCAUCUGCCCCCCAAUUAAUAAAAAUACAUAGCUGAGAUUCUGCCCCCUUAACAAAAGACUCCCCCCCCCUCCAAAUCCUGGCUACAUCCAUAUAGCCUCAGUCUCUUAGCCUCUGGCCCUGCCCAGAUCUAUAACCACAAUUUAAAUUGCAAGCCUGUCUGAGUAGGACAGAGCAACACUGUCUACCUACAUAAGUUUGGGGUCAGUCUAUUUCUGGAGGCUUGCAAGCCAGAAAGCGUAUUCUGUUUUCUAUCUCCUUUAUGGGCUCGCUCUCUCUAAAGUUUUAGGUGUGGCUAUAUAUGGGAAGGUGCUAAGAAUAAGUAUGUUUGUUUAUUUGGUGGAAUGGGAGAGGCUUCCACAAACCCCCUGCAUAAAUGAACAUUCAGUUCUAGCCUUAAGAAAAAUAGCAAUUUUAUGAUGUCUUGCAUAGAAUAUUGAGGACACUUGAUGGAUACCAAGAGCCUAAUGUGUAUCUCUGAAACGGGCAGACACUGGAAAGACUUCAAUAAAUUUCCACUUAAAAUACAAUUGAGGAUAACUAGUUUAGGAUGCAAUGCUGGAAGUAAGUUCAGAAGUAACACCACAGUGGGGUUGUAUAUAAAUACUGUAGAUGUGUAUAGCAGGGGUGAGCAAUCUGUGGCCUUUGGUCUAAUUUAAUGUGGCCCUUAGUCUAGUUUGAUAGGGGCAAGGAGGAGAAAAUGAAGAAAGGAGUGAUAGAAAGAGACGCACAAAACGGGUGGGAGGAGCUCUGGCCCCUUUCACUUUUUGUUCCAGCCCUCCCAGCUUCUGGCACUGAAGUUUCACUCAUGGUACGUGGCCUGUGACAGAUUACUCCAAGGGAACAUGGCCCUCAGUGUUCCAGUGUGGUGUAGUGGUUAAGAGCGGUAGUCUCGUAAUCUGGGGAACCGGGUUCGCGUCUCCGCUCCUCCACAUGCAGCUGCUGGGUGACCUUGGGCCAGUCACACUUCUUUGAAGUCUCUCAGCCCCACUCACCUCACAGAGUGUUUGUUGUGGGGGAGGAAGGGAAAGGAGAUUGUUAGCCGCUUUGAGACUCCUGUAGGGGAGUGAAAGGCGGGAUAUCAAAUCCAAACUCUUCUUCUUCAAUGGGAAGAAAUAUUCCACACCUUUGAUGCAUAGGAGUAUAUGGUUAGCCUCUGAGAAAGAAGAUGGGAAUAUUUCAGGUGGGAGAAGGCCCUCUUUUAAACUCAGAUUUUGUGUGAGUAUAUGUACACACACUUGUUUCGAAAGAACGUAUGCAUUGAUACACCACUCUUGCACCUUAGUAUUAGAUGGGGGGGGGCGUUUCUGAGCAACGAAACAUGAGUUCUGGCAGUUGGAUUCCCUUCAGUCUGACAAGAUAUUUCGGGUAUGUAAAAAGGGGAAUUAUGGGAUUUAAAGAUGAGGGGCCUGAGAGGAAAGAAGGGAUUGGUCUGCGGGACAAGCUUAUGUUAAUCAAAUGUGUAUGUAGUAGCUUAGCGAAAAGUGCCAUUUGAGAGAUUUGCUCUGCCUGCUGCAGUGGUGGCAGGGCUGGAGAGAGUCUAGGGCUGUCCUCUAUGUAAGGCACUUCCACUGGGACUAAGGAGGAGGAGGAAGAGCAGUGUUAGAAACUGGGAUAGAAAAACUAGGAGCCAAAUGGCUUCUGGGACCUGGGUUGUUGGGUGCCAAAACAGAAUGUCUAGUUGCCAAACUAGGGGGGGGAGGGUUGGCAAUACUUAUUAUUUAUUAUUCUGAUAAGCAUGAACUAAUACACAAUUCACAUAAGUGACACAUUAUUCACACCACAUUUUUAGCAGAAAUUGUUAAUACAUGUUUAAUUUGGUGUUUACAAUAUUGCCUAUGCUUAGCAUACACUUCGAGGCUUCAGAUCAUAUACAUUUCAGUAAUUCUUGAGUGUCAGCCAGGUGCAAAAAAUAGCACUUUUUGAGGUGCUCACAAAUGGAGAAUCUUUAGGAGCAAAAUGUGCCUAGCGCCCUGCUAAUUUUGAACCUGGAGGAGGAGGAGGUUGUUGUCGGCUGCUGCCACCCAGUGGACUGGUUGUAAGUAAGAAGAUGGGGGCGCUGGCUUGAGAGUAGGCUGAGGUGGGCAGGGCAAUGCCCAACUUGCCCUAAUGGACUAAUCUCUUAAUACUAGCUAGCCUGUGGGCUGGGAAGCAUCUUGCAGAGUUCAGCAGCCUCUCUUCAGCCUGAGCAUUACUGCUUUGGAAUGCUGAAUUUAAAGUAAAGUAAAAUAAACCAAAUACGUAAAUCAAAUUGCAUUUAAGAAUAAGCUGAAAAUGAUGCUUUAUUAUUUAUUAUUUAUUAUGGCAAAAGGUUUUGUAGACCGCAGUCCUGUAUAUCAGGUACAUGAAGAGUUGCAGUCCUAUAGGCACAGGGCUAGGGGAUUUCAAAAAAUAGUUAACACCGACAUCCAGGCAUUGGUAAGGCAAUUAUGUGUAGUGUAGCUAGAAAAACCUUUGUCUUGAUUAAACCUCAAGUUGUAGCACUGAAUGUUUUAAUAGCAGUUUUACACGCAGUCUCCCUUCUGAAGUUCCUUUGGCCACCUUAAGGUCAGGUACAGAGUGUCCUGACAGGAUGAAGCUUUCCUCCCACUGAUUUUAUUUAUUUAUUGCCAUUUCUGAUGUUAGAUUUGUGUCCAUUCCUUUGUGCAGAGACUGGCUUGUUUUGCUAUGCAUCGUCGGCAGGAGGGCAUUGUCUGCAGACGAUGGUAUAUAUCUAAUGGGAAGAUAAGCAAGAGAAUGAGCCUGAUGUCGUUGUGGAUGGCUUCAGUAGGUUUGGCCAUAGUGUCGCUAGGUAGACAGUGGGACAGAGCUGGCAUCUGGGUCUGCUGUUCCUAUAAAAUGAUACAACAAAAAAUCACCUUCACAGAAUGUUUCGUGUUUUGAAGUGUAAGCUGUUGAACAGCUGAUGAAGAAUACUGCAGUUCUGUGCUGCCUUUUGGAUGGCUUGUUGCAUUUAUUUUCUCCAAGGCCAUUGAUUGCCAAGAGCGUAGUUUCUUCAGUUUGUUUUCGUGAAGUGGCUUGUAGCUGGAUUGCAGUCGUGAUGCACAAAUCUGCUUCACCAUAUUUGAAAUCUGGUAUCUAGAAUAGGAGUAGAACCUGUGUCUUUGGCUCUCAUUUUGAGUAAUGGACUAGAAUCCCCUUUCUUGGCCUUCUUGUGCCAUAUCACAGGCCUCUGCUGCCAUGUCCUAUUCUUACUUUUCACCUUUUAUUAAUUGUGACACCUGAAAAAGCUCAGGAGGCCUUGCAUAGUUAUCAGGACUCGUCUUGAAACAGACAUUUUUGGGGGUAGAAUCUGUGGUGGUUUCAUGAUGGAUUUCAGAUGGUGACUUCCACACGCAAUGAUGAAGACUGGUAAUGCGUGUGGUGUCUCUAGGCUUUUAUAGCUGGUUGCCAUCAUGCCUUAUCUGUGAGUUUCCCAGAGCAUCUGGUUGAGGGACAGAAUGCUAGAUUAUGUAGACCAGGCCUCUGUGUGGUCCUCCAGGUGUUGCUGCACUACAGCUUCCAUUAGCCCUUGCCAGCAUGGCCCAACGGUCAGGGAUGAUGGAAGUUGUAGUCCAUCAACAUCUGGAGGGCCACAGGUUCUCCACCUUGAGGUACUCCUUUGUUCCACCCACAAUGGUGGUUCUUGUCAUCUUGGCAUCCUGGAAAGAGCUGCUAUAAAAUGUAUUUUGUUAGCAGUAGUUCAAGGGUUUUUGAACAGGGAAAUGAAGUUUGGUAUGGGACAAAAUGAAAAUAUAUUAUUUGGAUGCCAGAGUUUGAUCUUCUACAUUCUUUUACCUCCUCUCAGAUUUCUUCUGAAUUUCCUAUUAUAGUAGGCCUGUUAGCAGACUUACUGCAAGACAGCGUGAUUUCAAGGGAUUAAUGAAAUAGUUCUGCUGCUUUCUAAAGCUGCAAAGUACUGUAGUUACUGAUGCCAAGUGUUACUUCUUUUCAUCCUACUAGCCUGCUGUUUAAUCCAUUCACUGUGAAUAUACAGAGAGUGAAAUCACACCCACAGAACAUAAUGAUGGAUAUCUCUUCAGGGAUGACUUCUGACUACCUGCCCGGCCCCUCUGUUCCAGUAGGGCUACAGUAUAUGGGCCUACAACAUCCACUUGGAUAGCAGUGGAAAGCCAUUCCACUUCCUGUGAACCAGGGAAUGGCUAGUGACCAUAUAUAGUGGUACCUUGGGUUACAGACGCUUCAGGUUACAGACUCCGCUAACCCAGAAAUAGUACCUCGGGUUAAGAACUUUGCUUCAGGAUGAGAACAGAAAUUGCAUGGCGGCGGCACGGUGGCAGCGGGAGGCCCCAUUAGCUAAAGUGGUGCUUCAGGUUAAGAACAGUUUCAGGUUAAGAACGGACCUCCGGAACGAAUGAAGUACUUAACCCGAGGUACCACUGUACAUCCAGUUCCUAGGUAUCCACGGCACUCAUCCUUUCUUCCGAAAAAGGACUAGUGGGUCUAAAGUGGAGUUGGGAUGACUCCACUUAAAGACAAAACACAGCUUCUGACAUCCUUUCUGUCAUCCCUGCUGAGCAGAGACAAAGCCUCUUACACUCAACUCGCUAGUUCCUGAUCACUCCUUUUAUGUCCAGUGAUGUCAAGUGACUUGAUUUCACAUGAAGGAUUGAGAGGAGUACACUCCAGAUGCACUCUGAUUCUCCUUUCCAGCUACUGAUAGAUUUUGGUACUUUUUGAAUCCGCCACCUUUCUCUGUUGUCAAAUUCAAAUAUAGUGCUUAACUCUACCAGCAGCUAGAAAGGAAAUUCUUCCUCUGCAGCUUGAGCCUGUGGGUUUAUCUGUUCUGUGCUUGAUGCCUUAUGACAUCAGGUGAUAGACAGGUGGAUAGAAAUGGGUAUAGUUUAGGCCCAGGGUUUUCAAACGUGGAUCUCCAGCUGUUUUUGGACUACAGUUCCCAUCGUUCCUGACUACUGGUCCUUCUAGCUAAGGAUGAUGGGAGUUGUAGUCCAAAAACAGCUGAAGACCCAAUUUUGGGAAACCCUGGUUUAGGCUAAAUAGGGAAGCUUGGUGAGCCUGAUUAUGUUUGCAGACUGGAGGUUAUCUGGCCUUAGGCCUGUGCUUGGUGCUGAAAUACCCUUGGUCACCAUGAUGGAUGACGUAUGGCAGAAGGACUGGGCAGAGGUGGCUUUAGGGUACUGUGACCGGUUUGGCUGUACUGGUUGCUGGCACUGCAACAAUGAUGUAGAAUGGAGGGCGAGAGGCAGGGGUGGGUGGGUUUGAGCUGAAUUUGAGCAUCACACAGGACGCUGCUGAAAUUUGAGAGCCCGAAGUCUGCCACUGAACAGGAGAGUGUGACCUUGCUGAUUCUACUGGAUCUCUUGGUGACUUUGAUACCACUGUCCAUGGUAUCAUUCUAGGUAAGCUGUCCGUGGUGGUGGUGGUGGGGUGGCAUUCCUUUCCAGUGGUUGUGGUAGAUAAUUCCAGAAGACUGGGCCCGGGAACAGGCCUGGCAGUUAUACCAUGGGGUCCCACAGGGUUUCAACUUGCUAUUUAACAUUUCAUAUGAAACUAGUGAGUGAGGUCAUCUUGAUAUUCCUAGUGAGGUGCCAUCAAUAUUUCAGUGGCAUCCAUCUCUUUUUCUCCUUUUCAUCUGACUCAGGUGCUGAAUCAGUGCUUGGGAACAGUAAUGGUCUGGAUGAGGGCCAACAGAUUGAAGCUCAGUCCCGACACUCUGGCUUGGAAGUGCAGAUAAUUCUACUUCACUUCUGAGCCGUGCCCUGUGCUUACCUGAAUAUAAAGUAUAACUCUGCAACUGAUCAGAUAUUCUUCUGAGACAAAACUGAUAAACAGAGCUGCAUAAAGAAUUGGUCAAAGGCAACCGUAAAUUUAAUUUUAAAUUAUGUUUUACAUUUUUAAUAUGGAAUACUUUGUCAUUGUAAUCUGCUUUGAGACCUAGAUGGUGAAAGGACCUGGAUAUAAUCUUUAAAAAUAAAUAAAACCAGCUAAUAAUUUACAAGUGAGAAACAUGGAGGCUGGUAAGAAAUUAGCACAAUGCCAGCUUAUCACAGAACAUUUUUGGACUUGCGAUUUUACUUCCUGAGUGUUGGAAGCCCUUGUACUGCAAAUUGCCCUCGGCUCUAUUCCUAGAUGUUAGAGGGCUUCCCCUCCUUGCUGUUGGCUCUGCAGCUGGUCUUAAACUGUGUGGUUAAAUACUUAAGGUCAGUGGGAAAGCAUUUCACUCUAAAAUAUGUAUUUGGUUCUGGGCUUACUUAAGCAGGCUUAAAAUGCAUAUACUGUAUGUUCUGGGCUUUCAGUGUCACGUUUCAGGUUAAUGAUUGAGUGGUACUGGAGAGUUUGAAUUUGAAACAUAUGCUUGAUUUCUAUAUAAUUUUAAUUUUCCAUCCUUUUUCCAAAGAGCUCAAGGCCUCGGACACAACUCUUUCCCAACCCCAGUUUUAUCAUCUCGACAUUAUAGUAUGGAGAGUGAGGUUAGGCCCAAGAGUUGAGUUUCAUGGCUGUGUUGGCAUUUGAAUAUGGGUUUCUUGGUUCUAGUUCAACAUAUUAACCACUACAUUAUGCUAGUUGGCCAUAUCAAGCGGGGUCAGUCUUGAAUGUAUGCAUAGAAAUGAAUUAACAUAUACACAAGCAAUUACCAUUUGUCAGAGAGCCUACACUGAUGAGAGUUGUAGUCCAUCAAGGCAUUGGGACGGAGGUGGCUGGCCUAGAACAUUUAAAAAACACACUACCACUGACAUUGCAUAUUUAAGGUCAUUACAUCCCAGUUAUCUGUAUCCCCUUAUUGCUCUUGCCUUCUUCCCCUAUUGCUAUAGGGACUAGUUUUUGAGUUGGCCAAGAGGCGUUCCAUUGAAUCUGUUGUCUUUUGCUGCCCUAAUUUAGUCCUGAUCCCUGGUUAGGAAGCUUGCAUGAUUUCUCUGUGUUCUACUAUGGCAUUAUGUAAACACCCAUUUUGGCAAGUGAGAAGGAAUGCAAGUAAAUAGGCGCCUGCUGCUAACCAAACAGCUGAGCGCUUAAAUCCCCGUUCUUUUGGCUUAGGGACAGGUCUGUGCUCUUUGAGUCAGCUGGUUUUCUUCUCUCCCUCUCUGUCUGUGUCUCAUGCACACCCCUAUACCUGCUUAGUUACCUUUCUUUUCCUGGCCACGUAUUGCUGUUACUGUAGCAUCACAGUGCCUGCAGCAUCCUUCUGUUUUUCACAGCAGGGUGGACUGGGGGACCACAGGGGAGCACAGGAAGAGGAGACGAUUUGGGCUUGUGAGAUCACUUGCAGAAAAAUAAUUCCUUUAGCCUUGAAGUGACAGCUCACGUAGCAAAAGGAGAGAAAGCAAAUGAUGUUAUAAUUCCCACCAAAGAUUAGCAAGCUAGAUAUUUGGAGGAUAAUACUGGAGCCAUAGACGUCAUGCAGCCACCUUUUAAUUAUCUGCACAGUUCUGUGUGGAUAAUUCAUAUGCUUAAAUAAGCCUGAAGCAUCUGUGUUGCAACUGCAUCUAAAGGGGGGGGGGCUUUUCUUUUCUUUUGCAGUGUGGUGGUCAAAAGAGACAAACCCGAAACGUCAUAGGAAGUGCCAAAAGGUAGCAUUGUGUGAUGAAAUGUAAUUAUCCAAACUGAGCUGCAGCAUUUUUAUCUCUUUUAGAAGUGACAUUAAAAUGGUCUCUGAGGUUGGGCUGAUCUGAUCUCAAGGCUAGGAAGGUGGAAGUGGUGUGUGUGUGUUCAGCAUUGCAGGCUUUCUACCAGGAGUAGCCAAUACGGUGCCUGCCAGACAUAGCUGGACUCCAGCUCCCAUUCUCCUGACUCAUUUACCAUGCUUGCUGGGGUUGAUGGAGUUGGGAGUCCAACACAUACUGGCUACCCCUCCAUUAGGCAGUUGGUUAUGAUUCCAGAAGCUCUGUGUGGCUGCCUUUUCAGCCCCAGCCUGCACAGUUCCUCCGUCAACUAGUUAGAACUAUUUAUUCCACUCUGGGCUAAUGACAACAUGGACACAAGUUUUUAAGUACCCUAGAAGUCUCCAUAGACCAUUGUCUUGGAGCCCACAGACAAGCUGGUGGCACCACUGUCGAUCAGUUUUUCCAUUACUUAGGACUCUUCUUUUUCUGUUUGCAUGACAGGUUGAUCCCAAAGGCUGAGAGUCGUUGA